AUGGCGACUACAGUAGGAGCAACGGUGACUGGUGUGGCCGAGGAAGAGGUCAAGCAGAUCGCAGUUGGCCUCAGUGAACAAGAGAAGGAAAUCAUGGACAGACAGACGGCCGCUCCCAAUCUCACAGUCGGCUACUUUUCUCUGUUUCGAUAUGCCAGCCGAAAGGACAUGGUCAUCAUGAUCCUUUCCUUGAUUGCCAGUAUCGCAGCCGGUGCAGUCAUGCCCCUCAUGACCCUCGUCUACGGCAAUUUCGCAGGCAGUUUUACCAGCUUCUCAGUCGACGCCACCGCAGCUGCCAAAUUCCGGCAUCAGAUCAACACGUAUACGUUGUACUUUGUUUAUCUUGGUAUUGGAUCUUUCGUCACCUCCUACGUCAGCAUCAUCGGCUUUUCCUACACGGGCGAACGCAUCACCCAGCAGAUUCGGGAGCUUUAUUUGCGUGCAAUCUUCAGGCAGAAUAUUGCCUUUUUCGACUUUCUUGGAUCGGGAGAGAUUACGACACGGAUCAGUUCCGACAUGAACCUGGUCCAGGAUGGAAUCGGGCAAAAGAUUGGUCUUUUCGUCACGGGCGUGUCCAUGUUCGUUUCCGCCCUCAUCGUCGGCUUCGUUCGCUCAUGGAAGCUGUCUCUGAUCAUGCUGGCGGCUACGUUUGCCCUCAUUCUCAUGAUGGGUGUCAACGGCGCGCUCAUGAGGAAGGCACAGACAUUGUCGAUUGAUGAGUACGCCACCGCUGCAUCGUUGGCAGAGGAAGUCUUGGCAUCAGCACGCAAUGUUGCCGCUUUCGGUACCCAGAAGCGUCUGGAACUAAAAUACAAGGACUUUGUGGAUCGCGCGUCCAAGUUGGACUACAAGGCCAAGUUCUGGCUGUCCAUGAUGAUUGCAGGAAUGAUGUGCAUCCUCAAUCUGCAGUAUGCCCUGGCUUUCUGGCAAGGCAAGCGGUUUCUUGACAAGGGCGAGCUCGGUGUAUCAGAAAUUCUGACUGUCGUCAUGGCUUUGAUGAUUGCUGGCUUCUCCAUUGGACAGAAUCUCCCACACAUUCAAGCAUUUGGCGGAGCCACCGCAGCUGCCACAAAGGUAUUCAACACCAUCGAGCGCCAGUCACCAAUCGACCCUGAGACCGAUCAGGGCGAAAUCCCUGGAAACUUUGUCGGCAACAUCGAGUUCAAGAACAUCAAGCACAUCUACCCAUCUCGACCGGAUACCGUCGUGCUUUCGGACUUUAACCUCAAUGUGCCCAGCGGGAAGAUGGUCGCUCUUGUUGGUGCCUCAGGCUCCGGCAAGAGUACCAUUGUCGGACUUUUGGAGCGAUUCUACCUGCCCAUGGAAGGGCAAAUCUACCUAGAUGGCAAAGACAUUACCACCCUGAAUUUGAGGUGGCUGCGCCAACACAUGGCCAUUGUCAGCCAGGAACCAGUGCUCUUCAGCACAACCAUCUACGAGAGUAUAGUACAUGGCUUGGUCAACACCGAACAUGCCAACGUCUCCGAGGAAAAGAAGAUGGAGCUGAUUGAGAAGGCUGCGAAGAUUGCCAACGCGCAUGAUUUCAUCAACGAGCUGCCUGAGAAGUACCAGACCAAGGUUGGAGAACGGGGUAACUUGCUAUCUGGAGGACAAAAGCAGCGUAUUGCCAUUGCUCGUGCCAUUGUCUCAGAUCCCAAGAUUCUUCUACUUGAUGAGGCUACCGCUGCUCUCGACACUAAAUCCGAGACUGCUGUACAAGAGGCGCUUGACCGCGCAUCACAGGGUCGGACAACCAUUGUCAUUGCCCAUCGACUGUCUACUAUCAAAAAUGCUGACAAUAUCGUUGUAAUGGCCUCCGGCCGCAUAGUCGAACAGGGAACUCAUUCAGAGCUCAUCAGCCUGAACUCUGUCUAUGCUAGCCUUGUCCAAGCACAAGAGCUGACCACCCAGAACAGGCCUAUGAAAUCAGAGGUGGCCGCUGGAGAUGUCGAGAAGCAACACUUUAUCGAAACCGAGGCAGAUAGAAGACUUGCCCUGACCCGGACUACGACUUCUGCACCAUCACAGUUUGCCCCCAAGGAGGACGACAAAGAGAAAAAGUACGGGACGUGGGAGCUCGUCAAGUUUAGCUGGGAGAUGAACAGAGGCCAACAUAUAAUCAUGACCAUCGGUCUCGUCUUCAGUUUCCUGGCCGGCUGUAACCCAGCUAUCCAGGCCAUCUUCCUUGGUAACGCGAUCAACUCACUGUUGUCUCCUGGUACAUCGCUGGGCAGUUUGAAUGUCGGCUUCUGGUGCUGGAUGUUCCUCAUGCUCGGACUUGUUAUUGGUAUAUUCUACUACGUGCAAGGCAUGACUCUAUCACAAGGGUCUGCCCGUCUGAUUGGCAAUGUCCGACUACGCGCAUUCGGUGCCAUGCUUCGACAAGACAUGGAGUUCUUCGACGGUGACACAGUGACUUCGGGUGCGUUGUCCAACUUUCUGUCCUCGGAAGCGAACCGGCUCGCUGGCCUCAGUGGCUCCACGCUUGGAACCAUUGUCAGCGCUGCAUCCUCCAUUGUGGUGGCCGUCAUCGUCGCCUGUGCGUUUGGGUGGAAGCUUGCACUCGUGUGUUCGGCGACUAUACCUCUAGUCAUAGGCUGUGGUUACUUUCGCUUUUACGCCCUCAUUCGCAUGGAGAAGCGCACAAAGGAGACCUCUGCUGCCGCAUCAUUCGCGUGUGAAGCUGCAUCGUCGAUUCGCACUGUUGCCUCCCUAUCCCUUGAAAACCACCUGUUGUCCGAAUACCACACGAAGCUCGAUGAGCAGGCUCAGGGCAACAUCAAGUUUACCAACGUGUCAGCUGCUUUGUAUGCAACAUCACAGGGCCUGAACAUGUUCAUCUUCGCCCUGGUCUUCUGGUAUGGCGGUGGUCUCUUGUACGAUCAGGAGUAUACCGUCUUGCAAUUCUUCAUCGUCUACUCUGCCGUCAUCAACGGUGCUCAGUCGGCCGGUAGCAUCUUCUCCUUUGCGCCUGACAUGGGCGAGGCGAAAGAUGCGGCCAAGCUGCUCAAAACCUUUUUGAACCGCAUCCCCAAGAUUGAUCAUUGGUCGUCCGAGGGAAAGAAGAUUGACACACUCGAUGGCCGCGUCGAGCUACAAAAUGUCCGCUUUACCUACCCGGGACGGCCAGAUCACCGCGUCUUGCGUGGAAUCAACCUGAUUGCCGAACCUGGGCAGUUCAUCGCCCUGGUCGGUGCCAGUGGAUCAGGCAAGAGCACCGUCAUGCAGCUGCUCGAACGCUUCUACGACGCCACCGAUGGCUCCGUCUUCGUCGACGGCGUCAACAUCAAAGACUACAACCUGCAAGCCUACCGCGCCCAACUCGCAAUCGUCAGCCAAGAAACCACCCUCUACACCGGCACCAUCAAGGAAAACAUCAUGGCCGACAAGGAAGACGUCAGCGACGAAGCCAUCAUCCAGGCCUGCAAAGAUGCAAACAUUUAUGAAUUCAUAACCUCCCUCCCCUCCUCCUUCAACACCCUCGUCGGCGCAAAAGGCGCCCUCCUCUCCGGCGGCCAACGCCAACGUCUCGCAAUCGCCCGCGCCCUCCUGCGCAACCCCAAAAUCCUGCUCCUCGACGAAGCCACAUCGGCGCUUGACUCUGGCUCCGAGCGCGUCGUGCAGGCUGCUCUUGAUGCCGCGGCCAUGGGCCGCACGACGAUUGCGAUUGCGCAUCGCUUGAGCACGAUUCAGCAUGCCGAUUGCAUUUAUGUGUUUGAUCAGGGGCGGGUGGUGGAGUUUGGGCGGCAUGAGGAGUUGGUGGCGAGGCGGGGGGUGUAUAGUAUUAGCGCUGGUUUUUUAAUCUCCUCUUUUGUUAGAGAGAAAGGAUACGAGGACGAGGACGAGGAGGCAGACGAGGAAUAA